GUUGAGAGUAACCAAUCUCCCCCUAAACUUUUUGUUACAAAAAAAAAAUGAAAACUCACUUUUAAGAUUUUGUUUUCAGUUAUGCAUCUUUGUUUCUUCCCCUCCUCCCUACCACCUUACUAGGGUAGUGUCCCCUUUCUGCGCUCAAAUUCAAAUCCGGCUAAAAUGGUUUGACAAUGUGCUCUCCUCUAUAUUCAAGUUCGAAUCCCUCUCCUCUAGUGUAAAUUAUAUUAGAAUGUAUCGCUUGAAUAUAAAUAAAUAAAAAAUGUAUUUGCAAUAUAAUUGGUAAGUUUUGACUUUUUUUUUUUUUUUUUUGGGUGAACUAUAAGUUUUGACUUUUGAGAAGCAUGCUUCAACGUUUUUUUAUUAAAACAAGAAUGUCAAAAAUUAUGACUACGUCGUAGGAGAGCAUAUUUUGCACACUGCAAAACAAAAAGUUAUAUAAAGCCAUCAAGAAGCCAAAGCAAGACGCAUUGAUCGAUCCCAUUUCCAACAAGUAAAUUGUUGUCCUAGAAAAAAGAGGAAAAUCUAGUUGGGACUGAAGUCGAAAUGGCAGUUUUGCAUGCAUUCCUGGUAGCUCUAUGCAUCACUGUGUUCCAUCAAAAUGUAGCUGAUGCAACUGCUGCAAAGAGCAUGUACCUCACCUGGGGUACCCAACACGCUGCGAUUCAAGGCGAGAAUCUUAACCUCGUGCUCGAUCAAACUUCAGGGUCUGCUGCUAUGUCAAAGAGAAAUUUCUUAUUCGGAAGCAUCGAGAUGCUGAUUAAGUUGGUACCUGGGAAUUCCGCCGGGACAGUAACAGCCUACUAUCUAUCGUCAACAGGAACCAAACACGACGAGAUAGAUUUUGAAUUCCUAGGGAACGUUUCUGGACAACCUUACAUUGUCCACACAAACAUAUAUACACAAGGAAAUGGAAGCAAAGAGCAGCAAUUUUACCUCUGGUUUGACCCGACUGCUGAUUUCCACAACUACACCAUACAUUGGAACCCUACUGAAGUUGUGUGGUAUGUCGAUAGUUUACCCAUUCGUGUUUUCCGAAACUACGAAAACCAGGGGAUUGCUUACCCCAACAAGCAAGGGAUGCGGGUUUACUCCAGCUUAUGGAAUGCUGAUAACUGGGCAACUAGAGGUGGGCUAGUGAAGAUAAAUUGGACCGGUGCGCCCUUCACAGCCGGAUUCAAACACUUCAGGGCAAGAGCCUGCAAGUGGACUGGAGCUGCCAGCAUUAGUGUAUGCGCCGCCACUUCCCAGGCUAACUGGUGGACUUCCCCUGUAUACAGCCAGCUGAGCAACAGUAAGCUCGGCCAGCUGCAAUGGGUCAGGAAUAACUACAUGACCUAUGACUACUGCAAAGACACCCAACGAUUCAAUGGAAACAUGCCACCUGAAUGUUCUAAACAACAAUUCUGAUUUGAGGCUAAGCAAUCAAGCUACAGAAAGAAACCCGAAUCCGGUUUCAACCAGACGACUGAUUCUGCAGCCUUAAUUGGCUUUCCUCUUCCAGUUCACAACUGACAAAUAAAUUUUCCUCGCAGUUUUUAUCUGUUUCGAUAUUUCAAUUAUGUUGUUUUCUGCUGUUUUGUACAAUUCUUUUACUUGUAUUCCAGUUACAUGGAUCUAUAAAGUUAUAAACUUUCAGAGAAAAAGAAGUAUCAAUUAAACGACAAAGUUCCUGUUGAUUUUCCUUUCUUUUCUCAGCAGCCAAACACUCAAACAUCAAUAACCAAACAAAUCAAGCAAACUAUGCCCCUUGGAACUCGAUUUUAAUCAAACAAAUCAAGCUUGCUAUGCAACACAAGUAAUCUAACGGAUAU